AUGGAAGCAUACCCAAAGCCCCGCCACCAGUACAUCUAUAAUCCCCGAUACGGACAACGUGGCCUCCUCACCUAUGCCGGCCAGGCCGCCAAUGGCGCCGCACCCACCGGCGUCGUUGGAGGCGGCUUUGGCUACGGUGGGUUUGGAGGCGUUGGCGUUGGUAUGGGUGUAGGAUAUGGGGUAGGUGCUUACCAACCUGCGGUAUACAACGCCCGUCCCCUGUACCCUCAAACUUACGCCACCAACUACUAUCCCCCGAAUUACUCCUAUCCUUCCUACGGAGGUGUCUAUGGCUACUACAACUACAACUUGUAUGGUUCGCUGUACCCACUUGCUAACUUCUAUUGCCCCUACCAGAGGACCUACUACAAUACAGUACCCACUUAUGGCUACACAGCGCACGUCUACCCACCCGGACCGACUACCACUACCACUACCUACCACGUGACGAAUAGCCAGGCUCAAAACUAUUCAACACCCGUCACACAAACGGUCAGGGAGACGAGACCAGCAUACGUCCACAGUCACGCGCAGCAAGGCCCCACACGCGAGGACAUCCAAAUGGAGAGUCGGAGGAUUGCGACUGAGCGUGGUUCGUACGAUCCGCGAAAGAUCAGGCCAGCCGAUGCACGCGACGACGAUCCCUUCUGGUGUCGCGAAGUCAACGGAGAGUGGCAUCUCAGGUCCUACUAUCAGAUCGAGAACGAGUGCCAUCCCGGUCGUUGGAUGAUGGAUGCUGAUAUCGGCUUCCUUGUAUUUCAUCGCGCGUGA